CAAUUAGAGGCAACUUGGAGGCAAGGUACUCAGAGAAGGCAAAACAAAUGAUGGAAAUGUGCUGUUUCUUAGAUCCCAGAUUUAAGGAAAGCUUCUGUGCCAACAUUGAUGAAACAAAGAAGGCCUGCAUUGGAGAAGCCAUGAAGCUUCUUCCUCCAACAGCUGCACCUCCAGGGACAGAAGAAACAUCUGUUCUGCUGCCUCCUACAACAUCUUCAGCACAAUCAGAAGGAGCUACAAACGGUGAGGGAAGAGGCAGCAAGAAAACCUUGUCUGGGAUCCUGAAGCACAUAAAGUCCAUUAGAGCUAGACAGGAUGACAACAUCGAUGAGAGGGGACCCAUGACACCUGAGCAGACUCUGAGGAAUGAAAUAACCCUGUACUUGUCCAUGCCAUCCAUCGACGAAGCUGCUGAUCCCUUGCAGUGGUGGAACUACAACCAACGGCAGCUUCCACUCCUAGCUAAUGUGGUGAAAAGGUUCUUCUGUAUCCCUGCAACAAGCGUGCCAUCUGAGAGGGCAUUCAGCACAAGUGGGCACAUUCUCUCUCCCCAAAGGUCCGGACUCACAGUUUCAAAUGUAAACAUGCUGUCCUUCCUGCACAACAACCUGUCCAAAGACUCCUCAGAGUAAUCAAUUAAUUGGACGUUUAACUUUAAUAAAUACAUGACUGGCCAGAUACUUUACAGUGUCAGUAGUUCAGAGGGAAAGAGAGCAGUGGGCUUUAAGCUGAGGGCAGACUAGAGUGAGUGUCACUUCAGUUACUGCUUUAAUUUUUCUCAGGUAAAAAAGCAGUAGAGAAACAGUAUC